AUGAGUCUUAGGGUUCAAGAUGUUCCCAAGGAACUGGGCGAAUCACACCCGGUUACUUGGACAUCAAAGGUAUCCGAACGUGAUGAGCCCAAAAUCCGUGAAGACUGUCAGAUCCCAGACUCAGUUCAACUGCGUUUUGACACCGACCGUGUUGGGGCAAUAGUAGAAGCGGACAGAAACGAAGCUUACGUCUAUAUGGAGAUGUUCCGUAUUGGCCUGAGGCUUCCAUUCCCCAGAAUAGUCCGAGAGUUACUGAGCUAUAUUCGAAUAGCUCCGCAUCAGCUGGCUUCGAACGCCUGGAGACUCAGAAAGAAAAAGAAACUCUUCACCUUCAGGCGUACCUACUCAAGCAACCAUGGGUGGAAUGAGGAGCUUUUCUUCGCCCAAGGGGAUUGGGAGUUUUCACCUUCCGAAGUAAUCAGGGACCCAAGUAUCCUUCGGGAAACCACCUCCACGUCAAACCGAGGUCAACAAGAACCUCGCUUAACUCUGGAGGAGAACAAGCGUGUGAAAGACGUAUUGGACCACGCCGAGCUUCAGCCUCUGGAGAUGGACUACGACGUCAUCAUGACUGAGGAGAAUAAAUCUCGGUAUCUAUGGACCCCAGCACCUGCAAGGCUGGUAGAAGCUACUGCACCGAGAGUACCAGCUGCCAAGGUACCAAGGAGACCGACUGCGAGGGCCGUCGAGCCUUCCAAAGGGAAAGGCAAGAGGAAAGCCGAAGAUGUUCCUCUCAAGAAACCUUCGGCGAGGCCUCCAGUUAGCGCAAGAGUCUCUGUGACGAUUGCCGAUGAGCCCGAAGAUCCUCACAUUCCCGCUUUAAAGAAAAGUAAGAAACGGGUAAAGACUACUGCAGGGAAGAAUAAGAAGAAAACCAAGGUUGUCGAGGAUAGCAAGCAGACAGCGGGGCCCGUUGCCGAACCUGCAGCAGAAGGAGUGAUAGAACACUCGGCUGCCGUGACUGAAGAAGCGAGGAACGGGAGUUCAACUGAUCCGAGAGCCCCUGAAACUGGAACAACUGCUCCCCACAUAAAGGCUAUAAAAAUAAGUUCUUCUGAAUCCGAAGAACCAAAUUCAAUUGACGUUGGUGAAGUUUAUGCCUUCUUGGGCUCCAGAACAACUGCCGCAACACCCCUGGCUGUUAUCCACCCGGGACAAACCGAAGAAGGGCCUUCAUUCUCACACCCCGAGGUUGACAGAACAGAGCCUUCAGCUGAUGAAGUCGCAGGCAGUGGGCCUGAGGUUGAAGAACCAGUUGCCCCUGGUCCCUCGGUCGCGGAGACUGCCAACCAAGUGCCAGCAUCUGCCGAGCCAAUGGACACCGAACAAGCCUUUGUCCAAGAGGUGGUUGAAGUGUCCGAAGAUGAAGAGCAAUUGGAUGCAGAUCUUGCAGCAACUAUGGGUGGAGUUGCUGAAGAAGAAGUGGGCAUCAAAUUCCUAGCUGGCGGAGCAUCACCACAUCUCGGGGAAUCAUCUCAACCCGUGAAGAGUGAACCGCCGAGCAUGACUGCGGAGAGUCCUCUCGAGCCUCCAAUAAACACUUCCAUGGAGAACCCUGCCGGGUCUUCGAGGGCAGCCGAUUCCUCGGCUGAGCACACACCCGAGCCACUGUUUUGGAAUUUCGGGGAGCCCCUCACUCGGCUAGGUGAUAAAUGGCUCGCGAACCCCUUCGCUCUACUGGCUGGUGCAAUCCCGGGCAAUAACCCGGUGGAAGUAAAUACUCAACUCCCGAAGGAGGUGAUGGAGCACAUGCCGUACCAUCAGCUCGAGGUAAUCAUAUCCCCACGCACUUGCCAUUCUCAGGGAUCGAUGAACAGCAUGAACUAUUACCUCCACUACCGAAGAUCCGCUGAGAAUCAAGCUCGAGAAGCUGAGAAUAUAAAGAAGAAACGCGAAGAGGCCGAAGCCGAGAUCCAGCGCCUAGAAGCUCAAAGUGCCGGAGCUAUCUCCCGGUCUCAAGAGUUAGAAACCAUGCUGGUUGUUGAACCAAUUAUGCAUGCAAGCCUGCAAGCUGAUUUUUCAGCACUUGAGGAGGGAGCUAUCCGGCUCAAGGAGAGUUUUGAGGAAAUCUCGGCCUUGGAACCUGAGAACACCAAGAAAAAACUUGAAGAUACCGAGGCCGAACUUCAAUGCCGAGCCGCUGAGUCUCGAAUCAAUCAAAUUGCUGAAGAGUUGGAAACAGCUCAGAAGUAUUCGGCCGCCGAGUGUACCAGAGCUGAAGUGGCUGAGGGAAAGCUGAAAACAACCGAAGAGCAGCUUCUGGCCUCGGAGAAGAGACGAAAGUCGGCAAAGAAGAAGGCCAAAACUGCCGUUAGGAGGGCUGAAGGUUUUGAGACUUUCCGCAAUUGGUCGAAGAAUCCUCCCGAGGGUGUCGACCUUAACACUAUCAAGCCUGAAGACGUUCCUCCCACCGAAGAAGUCAUCUCGAAAAUCGCCAUGCUCGGUAAGGAACAAAUGCCUGAUUGUAAAGGCAUCACUAUUUUUGGCUUCAUCCCGUUCGCUCGGCGCCCAACUGGAGAAUCCUCUGCUGCUGCUGAACGUCCUGCUGCUGGAAAAUCUCCAACUGUUGAUUUGGAAGAAUCAAUAGCUGUGUCUAAUGAAGAAUGGGACAUCUCGGCUUCUUCUUGA